UGGCAGCAGUAUUCUCCCAGCGGUGGUGGUUUCCCCGCUGCUGUAGCGGGGAGAACUGGCCGUAAGGCCCGCGAUGCCGGCAGGAGCGGCGGUAUCGGCGGCAACUCCAGCAGCAACGGCGGUGGCCUCCGGCGGCAGUGUUCUAUCCGCGGCGGUGGCGGCGACCACGACCGGAGCACCGGCGUUGGCACUUGGAGCGGCAGCAUCGGCGACGGCACCAGCAGUGACGGCGGUGACCCGCGAUGGCGUCGAUCACACAAUAUCGGUUGGGGGGGCAGCCAGUGCACCCACUGAAGCCAUGGGAGCACCAAGAGCGACAGCGGCGAAAGAGGCCGUCGUCGCUGAUGUGAAUGAGCAUUUGCCCAACGUUGUAACGAUGACGGGAGGAGGUAGUCAAAGACGGCGGCAACGACAGCCAGAGGAUAGCUGCAACGACGCAACAGUGGUCGACAUCGACAACGGCAGCGAUUAUGGUGGUUGGCAUGCCGGCGAGGUUUGUGACGGCUGGGAUGACAGCGGCUGUGGCGAGAGGGGGGCGUCCACGCACCCUUUCGAUCCCGAACCGUGCUUGCGAGGGUGCGCGGCGCCAGCGAUUGCGGGGAGGACGACCUGGUGGAUGGAUCCAGCAGCAGCAUCGGCAACGACGGAGAGGGAAUGGAUGUGGUCUGGUUUCGGGCACUGCUGCGCCCUUCCGGCCGGGGGAAACGGUGGCUUAUGAGGGCUGGGGUACGGGGGUCGGUGCUGGGGGUCGACACCCCUUUCGACCGUGGAAAGAUGUCGCGGGAGCAACGGUCGGGGCGCUCGUGUUCGCGGCCGAGGCAGUGGCAGGAGGACCAUGAGGCGGAGGAGGGACUAUGGAGGAUCGGGAGAAUUCAACAAUGACAACAAGCAGCGCAACUUCUGCUGGGGUCGUAAACUCGCCCAAGGCACGUGAUGUUAUCGCGUCCGUGUUCUUUUCGUUUUGCUUUGAUUUGGGGUUGUGCAGUCUGUUGUAAUUUGUGUUGGUCUUCAGAUCCCAUAUAACUGUUGCACUCUUCGCCGUUGUUCGAAUGGUUGCAAAUCAGUUUUCCUAUCGUUGCCACUCUUGCAGGUUUGGAUUUGCUUUGGUUUUGUUCUGCGGAGUGUCUACUCGCGUUUUACCUUGCAGUGACAUUGAUUUCCUUGGCCAAAUGACGGGAAAUUCCAUGAUAGGUUUUGGAUAAUUUUCUGGGAUAGAAAUGGAACAUUGUGGCGGGGGGGGAGUUGCCAGCAAACAUUUCUCAGACGGCGAUGGUAAAACAUUUAUAUCUGGGAAAGGUUUAUUCCACGCUCAGCUUACCUUCUUUGUUGGGACAGUAUUCUCUAUGGAAGCUACCGCUAUGCUUUUCUGGUGACACUGGAUAUGUGUAGGCGUUGUUUUGCGGGCGACGUGCUACUGUUUUUUAGUCCCUCCGAUGUACCGAUAACCUUGCAGUCAAUCCUUGCGGACUACCAAUAUCCUUCCCAUCUAGGACAAGUUGUGCGCUGGCACGAGUUUAUUUGUGACUGAUGUGCUGGACGUGUGAAAUAUUUUCUUUGAAAUAUGCAUAUUUUGGUUCCUUGUUUCGGUUGGAAGUUUUAUCUGAUGGAUUUGGAAUGCAGAGUUGGCAUGCUGGACGUCGCGGUGUUCCGUCGGUUAUCAUGGGGAGGGGGUGAUGUGAUAACAUGAUGCCCGCCGCAGUACCACAAGCAAUGGUGCGUUGUGUGUCAGUUGAAGUUUUGGAUUAAUUCCCGCGUUCACGGGCGAAGUUGAUACGGAAUCGAAUGUUUUUUGGGACUUUCUUAUCGGGUUUUGGUAGUUGACGUUUCGAUGAUUUUCCGCGUUUUACAAGGAGGGGUUAUUGUUUGUGUUUGACUGCUUGAGAGUCGAGGAGGAGGCGUUAUAUGUUUCGAACCAGGUUUUUGCCUGCCGCUGCUGGUAACCGGCUGGUAAUUUUGUUAUCGGAGAUGGGGCAAGGGUGGAGGGAGAUACACGCCAGCAGGGAGGGAGACGGGAGGAGGGUGUGACCAAUAGUCUAUAGUAUUAUACUGCUGCUGCUGCUGCUUAGCUAGCGGCGGAAGCGAGAGGAGGGGAGGAAUUCUUGCCAUUGUUUAGUUGGUUGUUUCACGAUCUCGAGAAAAGAGAUAUACGCACACACACGAGCUUUUCACACCGUAUAUGGUAGAGCUUUCACGGCGUGUAAUAGUUAUUUUUUUAUUUUUUUGUACGAAAGUACACCAAUCAAUCUAUCUCUUCCACGCAUGAAGAAGAGUCAGGGAUAGAAUAGCCAUGAAUUCAUAGAGCUGUUGCGUCUCGUUAGUUUUGGCUGUCGUACUACAGCAUUGCCCGCAUGUAUAUGCUUAUGUUCAGUUCUCGUCAUCAUCCCCGCGUGAUUUCUACCGGAGGGAAGGAUUGUCUG